UUUUUCUAAACCGCCCGAUUCUCUUUUGCUGAUCCUGCUCCCCCAUUCUUCCACUGUCGCAAUCACCCGCUCUCUGUUAUACCCCUCAUUGCCUGCCUCCAGCCCGUGUCGACACUUCGCCGCGAGUUCAUACCAGAGUAGAGGCUCGACACCCAGACGCCUUGCCGACGGACGCGCUGAGCGUUACCUUCCGUCUUGUCAUGAUGAAGACCAGCAUCUUGCGGCACGCCGCCGCCUGCCGUGUCGCCUUGACUGCGCGCCCCCUCCAGCUCACAGUCAGACUCUCGCCGUCGGCCUUUGCUAUCGCACAAACACCCCUCAAGGCGUCGUAUCGUCCCGUCAAUAGCCUCCUCCGCUUCUACUCGAGCGAGUCGGCCGCUCAGCAGGAAACCGCCACCCCCGCCGGGCGCAUCACCAAGUUCAGAGAUCUCGAGAGCUUGGGCGUACACAAUGCUCUGGUCAGGUCUAUCACCGAGGGGAUGCGGUAUGAGGACAUGACAGAGGUGCAGUCUCUGACUAUCAACGCUGCUCUUGCUGGAAAGGAUCUUGUUGCGCAAGCCAAGACAGGUACCGGCAAGACGCUGGCUUUCCUUGUGCCGAUCCUUCAGAAGAUUAUUGCCGAUCAGCCAGCCCUCGCUGAGGCUCGCCGCCCUGUGAAGGCCAGAUCCGACGACGUUCGUGCCAUCGUCAUCUCCCCCACCCGUGAGCUUGCUGAGCAGAUUGCGGUGGAGGCUGCCAAGAUCGUCAAGGGCACCGGCAUCAAGGUCCAGACUGCUGUCGGAGGAACCCAGAAGAGAAUGUCGCUGCAAAAGAUUCGCUACGAGGGUUGCCAUUUGCUCGUCGGCACUCCUGGCCGUCUCGCUGAUCUGCUCACUGAUGAGUACAGCGGCGUGGCUGCUCCCAACCUCACUGCUCUGUGCUUGGAUGAAGCGGAUCGCAUGCUGGAUGUUGGAUUCGACGCCGAGCUCGACACCAUUCUCAAGGCGCUCCCCAACAGAAAGGAUACCCCCCGCCAGACUCUUCUCUAUUCCGCCACCAUGCCCAAAGACGUGGUUGGCCUCGCCAGAAAGUACAUUGACCCCACCAACUUCGAGUUCGCCCAGACCGUCAAAUCCAAUGAGACCCCUACCCACGAGAGAGUGCCCCAGUUCAUCGUUCCUUGCCGCAGCUUCGACACCAUGCCUGCUACUCUUUUCGAGAUGAUUCGCACCUGGGUUGCCAAGAACCGUGACGAGCUCGAGGGCAACCCUCUGAAGAUGAUGGUGUUCUUGCCCACCACGGCUUCCGUCAUCUCGUGGAGCGCUGCUUUCCGCCGCCUCCGUCGUGAAUUCCCCGAUAUUCCCGAGGUUCGCGAUAUUCACUCCAAGUUGACCCAGCCCAUCCGCACCAGGUGCGCCGAGGAUUUCAGACGGGCCAAGUCUGCCAUUCUCUUCUCCUCUGAUGUUACCGCCAGAGGCAUGGAUUUCCCCAAUGUCACCCACGUCGUCCAGGUCCACACUCCCAACGACCGCGAUUCAUACAUUCACCGCAUCGGUCGUACGGGCCGUGCUGGCAAGGAGGGUGAGGCUUGGCUCCUGGUUUCUGAUUCCGAGGUCAGCACUGCCCGCAGCAGAUUGCCCGGUCUUCCCAUCAAGCGGUCCACCGACUUUGCCGUUGCCUCGACUGAUCUCUACGGUGCCGAGCCCGAGUCGUUCCCCGAUUCUGUUAAGAGGGUUCGCGAAGCGUUUUCCAAGCUUCCCUAUGAGACCAUCUCAGAGUAUUACAAGUCUUUCUUGGGCGGCGCUCUCCAAGGUGUGCACAAGCAGGCUGUUGUUGACGAGUUGAACACCUUCAGCAAGAACAUCUUUGGCUUGGAUCAGCCCCCUGGAGUUUCGCCAUCGCUGAUGAGGAACAUGGGCCGGAUUACCGGCCUUAGAGUCGCCGAGAGGGAGGAGAACAGGUUCCAACGCAGCGGGACGGGCGGUGGCUUCGGUGGCCGUGGUGGUGGUGGUGGUCGUGAUGGUGGCUUUGGUGGACGUGGUGGUGGCUUUGGUGGACGUGGCGGCGGUGGGAGAGGCGGUGACAGGGGGGAGAGGAAGCCGAGGGAUAACUGGGAGGCUAUGGAGAUGGCUGGACAGAGGGAUAAGCAGCAGUCCAGAGGUGGUGGCCGUGCCACUUUCUAAAUGGUGAGCCAUCAUUACGGAUGGGCGGUUUGGGAUGACGCCAAAGCAGGAGGCGUGGUUUUUUGUUCAAAUCACAUUCCCAGGGGCGGCUAAUCAUUUUGUGUGGAGUUGGGAGGGGUUCUUCCUGUGUGAAUGAGAAUGGGUUAGGGGGAAGAUGGGUAUGAAACAAAAAUAGGGGGACCUGGAACGAAGGGUGCCCCCUCAUUGGAUUUGACAUCACAGCAUUGUCCCGGAGUUUUUUUUUUUGCUUUUUUUCAGGUCAAAAGAAUUCAAGAGAGGAGAGGACAUUGUCUCUUCUUUUGUUGUCACUUCGAUUCUCAGUCAUGAGGCAUGGAUGGGAAAAUAGGAGAGACAAUGGCUGGCAAUUUAUUUCGGGCACAAGGCAGGCAGGCGGGCGGGGUGGCAAAGCGGCGCAUAUCACAUCACAGGGGAAUCUCUCUUCUCUACUUUUGUUUUCUUUUGCUCAUCUUUGGCUUUUGACAUCUUGGGGAUCUUGAGUCUUUUGGGGUUCCUGGUUUCGUGUAAAUUAUGGAGAACGGUGUAUGCCUUGUUUAUACCAAAAAUUGUACGAUUACGAGGU